AUGGGUGAAUUUCAACAUGGAUUAUGUGGAUGUUUUGACAACAUCACUCUCUGUCUAAUCAGCUACAUCGCUCCAUGCUACACUGUUGGAAAAACUGCUGAAGCAGUAGGUGAUGACUGCUUAUUGUGCGGAGCGGGAUACAUGUUUGGUGGUUGCAUUAUCGGUGGAUUGCUUCGUGGAAAAGUACGAGAACAAAAAGGAAUUGAUGGAAGUCCGGUCAUGGAUUUCUUGAUACAUUGUUUCUGUCCGCUAUGUGCCAUUAUACAGGACAAUCAGGAAGUGGUCACGGCAGGAAUGGGAGCAUCUAUGGCGCGAGUGUGA